UGUCUAUAGUUCUAAUAGUCCCCCCCAGUGAACGGUUCCAUUGAAUUGUUAUUGUUUAUUUCAAAAUUAAAAUAAAUCUAUUUCGAAUAAAAUAACAAUGAAUGAUAACGACUAUGAAAUGUACGACAUAUCAUCACAAACAUCGUGUUCCAAAAAUGAAGAAGAUGACCCUACAGAAGAGGUGGAGGAUGAGAUUGAUACCUUACUGUGGUCAAUUGAUGAUGAUACGAUGUUUUAUGCUAAAGGACUAAAAAAUCACAGUGCUGGAAAGGGGAAAUCGGUUUUUGUUACCUGGAAUGAAAAUUACUUGAUGAAUUUUGUUUUUAAAACUUCAAGCAAAACAAAGAGAACCACUCUUACUAAAGUUCGCCUAACCAUGCCCAUGUGUCCUGGCGAGUCAGAGAGAGAAGAAAUACUUGAUAUGCUCAUAUUAGAGAUGAACACCUUACUACUGAUGCAAAGUGGUAGGGUAUAUUAUUUUAGUUCUGUCAAAUCAAUACACUGUGUUCCUUGGCUAAUAGAUGUACGCUGCAUUUGUAGCUGUCCCAAUGCACAAUUUAGCAUUAUAAGGCUUAAAUGUGGCCAGGACGGACAAUCUAACAAACAGUUGUUAUUGGAAGUAUAUCAAGAUAUACCACAAUUGGGAAAAUGUCCUACUGCUAAACAUGCACUUCGCCGAAGUUAUGAUAUUACAUUUGAUAUAGAAAAUGUAUUUAAUUGUAAUUGGACAUGCGAUCGUUACAUUUUGCUUUCAUUAAUAGCCAAUGAGGAUAAUAUUGAGUUUUUAAGACAGAUCGUAUCAAUUGGAAAUAUAAUACGUACCGCCGAAGAACAGGCAACAUUAGACCCAAAUCAAGAAAUUCACAUAUUUACGGUUUCAGGAAAUCUCUUUGCUUUACUUGGAGAUUUUUAUGUGGAAAAUGGGGAACCCAAUGAAGAUGGUUGCCAAGAAUAUGCCAUACAUCUGCUUAAUACAUAUGCCGCAACAAUAGAAAGUAUACAAAUUGAUUGUAGGAAAAAUUUGCUAAUAGUGUUACUGGAAUCUGGUCAUAUGGAUAUAUGGUAUAAAAGUCAAGAUAUGUUUGGUUCAAUACACCAUUUGAAACAUCAAAUUUCUAAUUUCACACAUUUUGAUUACAAUUCAUCUGAAAAUACGUUUUAUAUUACAAAGCCUGACGAAGUAACACAAUUAAGUUUGAUAAUCUCCAAGGAAUUGCGCGAAGACGAAUUGGGAGAAACAAAAGAAUGUGCCAUUAAAGAAGUCCACAAAGCGAUAAGUGGCAUGGUUGCCUGUACAUGGGUGGAAAGUUUAAAACAAUUGAUCUGCUUGAGCAUUAACAACAUUUUCUAUAGAUUAUGUUUUGAUACGUCCAGCAAGGAGAUUUCUGCAAUGGAGACUACUGAGGGCUAUGAAAAUUUUAAUAGCCUAUAUUCAUUGACAAAUAAAAAAAUGAAAUUACUUUUGAGCAGGUCUCAAAUUGUUAAUAAUUUAAUGGAGUUACCAAAGCAACUGCAUGAAUCUGUUGACUUGGAAUGGCAAAAGCAACAAGUUUUAGCAAUGGGUUCUAAAAACAUCUGGAAUAAGAUGUUCAAAUGUUACAUUGAAUAUCACCUUAUGGAGUCUACUAUUAAAAGUCUAAAUAUGAAAGAAAAUAUAUUCAUAAGAACAACAUUCGACCGUGAUAUAGAGGAAAAUUAUAGUCAUAAUAUGUAUUCGGUGUUGCAGUUUAACGCAACCGCUACAACACACAGAGAUAAACUAUUCUUAACAAUAAUGCAAGCCACAACAUGGCAAUUACAAUUAAGAUCUCAAGGUGAAACUUUGUUAAUGCACAUUCCAUCGGAACUGUUAAGUAAACAGUUUUAUAUAAUUGUAAAAUUUUCCACAAAAAAUAGAACUAUCUUACCAGAUUUUUCUCUACAUAUAUUGGCUUUUGUAAAACACUGCUCAACAUAUAUUUGCGUACGAAGUGAAAUAAGUUGUUUAAAGACUGAGCUAACAUACCGUAACUUAUUUUCUCUUAGCAAACAAAUAAAUAUUUAUCGAAGUUCAAAAUUAAACAUUGAUUAUAUAAUGCAAAAGUUCCGUCAAAAGAAACCGCCACCAUUAAGUUCCUCUCUGCUGCGAUACUCUUUUAAAAAUCUUAACAUACAGGAUAUUUUAACAUUAUUUGAUAUAAGUGAUAAAAAGUACCAAAAUGCGGAGUACAUAACAGUAUACUAUUUACAAGAGCAUGCCGUUGAGAUUAAAUACGAUGCAAAACUGCAAAAACUGGAAAUAUCAACCGAGAAUCCCGAAGCUAUUUUUUACUUAAAAACGAUCCUAAUGUGGAAGUUGAAAUCAUUGGAAAGAAUCGAUUUGACAAAUUCGAAGAGCAACCAUUUACAAAAAAUAUUGCAAUGUCAAUCGGAAAUUGAAUGUUUAUAUGGCUCCUUGACAUCUAUCAUGGAAAACGAUGAUGGUGGUGGGGGCGGCCAUUGCUUACCAGCUGCAUCACUUCAUAUAGAAAAUUUAAUAAAAAUGUACUUAAAAAUACGCAAUGAAUUUGAUACAACAUUUAGCUGAUAUUUUAAUUUACAUACAUAUUUUUAUGUAAAUUAAAAGUUCCACUCCUUUUAAGAAUCAUAUCACACUAUUAAAUCUGUAUCAGAUUGAUAAAGAAUAAAAUUUUUAGAUUUGAAAUGAUUGUACAUUUUAUAUAAAUAUAAAGUCAAGUAAUUAUAUUAAGAUUUAAAGAUGUUAAUAAAACAAUUAUUUUUAUUUGAAAC